CCCUCGGACCUCGGCGGGGAGAUGGAGGUCCUGGUGGCAGAGACCACGUCCCAGCAGGAGCGGCUCCAGGCCAUUGCAGAGAAGCGGCGGAGGCAGGCGGAGAUCGAGAACAGGCGCCGGCAGCUGGAGGACGACCGGCGGCAGCUGCAGCACCUGAAGUCUAAGGCACUGCGGGAACGCUGGCUGCUGGCGGGGACGCCGUCCUCAGCCUCGGAGGGGGACGAGGACAUGAGGAGACAGAUGCAGGAGGACGAGCAGAAGGCGCGACUGCUGGAAGAAUCCAUCUCCAGGCUGGAGCAGGAGAUCGAGGAGCUGGAGAACGCGGAUGCGCUGCCGGCCGCCGCCAAGGAGAGCCCGGCAGCCCCGAGCCCUGCUCGCACCCCCGCCCCCACCCCGGCCCCACGCCCCGCCCAGGAGGACCAGAGGGCCGAGGCUGUGCUGAAUUCUCAGCAGGCCCCGGUGGGCACGCCCAAAGAGAAGCGAAUCUCCAACACACCCCUGAGGACGGUUGAAGGCUCCACCAUGAUGAAGGCCGCCAUGUACUCGGUGGAGAUCACGGUGGAGAAGAACAAGGUGACGGGGGAGACCCGGGUGCUGUCCAGCACCCGCGCGCUCCCCCGGGAGCGCCCCCCUCAGGGCAUCAAGGUCUACGAGGACGAGACCAAAGUGGUCCACGCCGUGGACGGCACGGCGGAGAAUGGGAUUCACCCGCUGAGCUCCUCUGAGGUGGACGAACUCAUCCACAAGGCGGACGAGGUCACGCUGAGUGAGGCAGGGUCUGUGGCCGGGUCAGCAGAGCCCCGGGGGCCGUCGGAGGAGGCCGUCCGGACCACGCCAUCCAGGCGGGAGAUCACUGGAGUUCAGGCCCAGCCCGGCGAGGCCACGUCAGGCCCUCCCGGCAUCCAGCCGGGCCAGGAGCCCCCGGUCACCAUGAUCUUCAUGGGCUACCAGAAUGUGGAGGAUGAGGCCGAGACCCAGAAGGUGCUGGGCUUGCAGGACACCAUCACCGCAGAGCUGGUGGUCAUUGAGGACGCGGCCGAGCCCAAGGAGCCUGCCCCGCCCAACGGCAGUGCGGCCGAGCCCCCUGCCACCGAGGGCUCCAGGGAAGAGAACCAGGUGGGGCUCGAGGCCCCUGCCAGCGACCCCCAGGACCUCGACGUCAAGAAGCAGCGCUGUAAAUGCUGCUCCAUUAUGUGACCCACCUGGACGCCCCAGACCCCGGCCCCGCCCUCCACACCAGACACCCACACAGCCCGGCCCUCUUGGCGCCCGUCCACCCUCCACCCACAAUCGCGGGCCCAGGACAUGCUGUGUCUUCACACGUUCCUUCUGAGUUUUCUUUCACCGGAAAGAGAGGGACAGGGGUUCCCCCUCCCGUCACCCCCACACACACCCUAAA